AUGAACACCUUGAACGUCAUGAACGCACCCGUACGAUCCCCUGUUCAGAUUCUGUUCUAUCACAUCAGCGCAUCUCCCACGCUGAUGAGACAGAAGAUUGUAACAAUACUCGAGAUCUUGAUGCUGCAUGCCUCUCUGGGCAUAACGGAAUCACUCUUGCCCCAGGAUAACGUCUUUCACGGGCUGAAUGAUUUGGCUCUACAUGAUAUCACGGCAACGUUCCCAGAACCAUUCCAAGAUCUAUUAACACAGGACCUGCUAGCUGGUUUGGAUGGCCUCGAUUUUGACUCCAUAUGGAACGACACACAAUUCCCAAACUCGCUCCUACACACUGCCCCUCCAGACGGUAGCCAAGACAGCCAGAUGAAUCCGUUGGCCCCCUCAGAAACUCGUUAUCAGGAACAUCCUCUACACUCACAGGAUCACCGAUUAGAGACCGAAUCCGAGUCGGGAUUCGCUUCGAGGCUUCCUUCAAUCGAGCCCGAGAGGCCCCAAGUGGUGCCAAUGUAUGUGGCUUCGACACACGAUCCUGGAAGCCAGUCUCAGGAAACCCAACGACCGAGACAAGUUCACUCCAUUCGGCCCUGGAAGAUUUCUCUCGAUGGUUACGCCCGAAUACUCGACAAUUAUGCCGAAGUCCGAGAAAUACUACCAAACAACUUCACCCUCCCGUCUAAACACACGCUCUCUCGCUUUCUCGAGGGCUACUUCCGCGGAUUUGCCAUCCACAUGCCGUUCCUACACCCCGUCACCUUCUCUGCCGCGUCUAUCAGCGUCGAGCUGCUCCUAUCUCUGUCUGCCGUCGGAGCGCUUUAUCGCUUCCAGCCUGCCAUUGGGUAUCAGCUCUACGCCGGUGCGCAGGCCCUGAUCUCUUGGCGCACGAGCCAACGGAGCCGUUCUGCGUUGGAUCGGUUGACCAAAGAUUCUCGUGGAAGGCCUAGCACGCUGAAUCUUCCUAUUGGACCUAACGACUCCACCGGCUCGGCUCUAAAUGAACCAAAGUCUGAGGGACAAGGCAAGAAACUGCAGUUGCUGCAAGCCAUGGUGGUAAUCAUGGCGAUGGCGUCGUGGGGCGAUCACGAUCUGACUCAAGACGCGCUCGGAAUGUCUACGCAAAUCGCCUUUCUUGCCCGAGAGUUGAGAAUUUCCGACCGCGAAAAGGUCCCACUUCCAAACCAGCCAUGGAGCGACGGUAUACAGCAUGAAGAGCGUCGUAGAACGCUUUUUGCCGCCUACGCCCUCCUCAACCUACAAUCCGUAGCCUUCAAUGUGCCGCCGCUGUUAUUAAACCAAGAAGUCGCAAUUAAUCUGCCUGGAUGCGCGUCAACUUGGCAAGCACCAAACGCUGCCGAGUGGUCUACGUUACAGGACACGUAUAUGAGACCGGGGCCAUUCCAGGAAAAGCUCAGCGGUUUGCUAUCAGGAAAGCGCGUACACGUCGAAGAACCUCUUUCAUCUUUCGGGAACUAUGUCCUCAUACACGGUCUACUCCAACAUGUCUUACUCACUCGCAACGUAACUGGAUGCCUGCCAGACGCAGGGGGUGUCUUGUGCGACAGCGUUGUGGAAAAUGUUCAACUUGCACUCCGUGCCUGGCAAGAAUCCUGGGAGGCGACAUACGAGUCCACGACGGACCCCUCAUCCCCCAAAGGGCCCUUAGGAUUCAACUCGACCGCCAUCCUGCGCUUGGUGUACAUUCGACUCAGCGCCAAGUUUGGCCCCAGUCGGCAGUUGCUCUUCGCACGAGAGCCCUGGGCCAUAGUCGAAGCCUUUUCUUCAAAACGUGCCAUCAAAGCAGAGGACAGGUCACCUCACCUGGAUCAAGCCGUGCUGCAGUGCAUCCAUGCCUUGAGUAUUCCCGUCAGGGUCGGAAUCGCGUUUGUGGCACGCACCCAGACGAUGAACUGGAGCGUACAGCAUGCCUUGUGCAACCUGGAGUGCGCGUUCCUCCUGACGCAGUGGCUCCUCGUUGUAUCAGAAUGCGUCGAGGCUUCGGGUCUUGAAGCGUUGCGCGUGAGUGAGCGCAGAUUGGUGAAUGUUAUCGUGAGUUUGGUGCGGGAAACCGAGCUCGGGGACUCCUUUGAUGAAGACGGCCAGAGCCAUGCCGUUCAAAUCAGAAAUCUGGCAAGCUCCACCAUGCUUUUGUGGGCGCAAAUGUUCAAAGGGUAUCAUGUCUUCGAUAUGGUUCAACUCGUUGGUAGCGGGUUGGCGAUGUUAGCCGAAAGGCUGGGAGAACAACCCGCCAGCUCAACAUUCGAGUUAAAUGAUUAA